AGAAACUGGUCAGCAGCUUUUCCUAUAGUUGGAAAAAAAGAGAUCUUGCAGAGGCACAGAAGCAGCUGAAUCUGCCUGAACAUUCCCUUAAGACAGAAUGUCCAACCAGACGGGGAUCUAGGCAGGCCAUGAUCGACAGGGUCCUUGAACAGCAAAAGGCCAUUGCCCAGGUCCUUUCUAGCGACCGAAAGCUUAGGCAUCUCACCCUCUCUUGGCAGGACAUUGAUGUACUGGAGGCCAUCAAGAAGUCACUUAGCCCUCUGGUUGAAUUCACAGAUGCACUUUCUGGAGAGAAAUAUGUAAGUGUGUCUUUUCUGAAACCAAACCUCCACCUCUUCAGCAACUCAAUAUUGGAAGUGCAGGAGGAUGAUGCGGACCUUGCCAAAAGCUUCAAACAGAAUAUAGUUGACUAUCUCACUGACAAAUACAGUGACUCAGCAACACAAGAGCUACUUGACAUGGCCUGUGCCUUGGACCAAAGGUUCAAGCUAAAAUAUGUCAGAGAAGACAACCAAGGAUCCAAUGAAGACAAACUGACAACGGAGAUGAAGUGUUCAAUGACUGCCAUGGAGACCGCCACUCUUGAGGCAGCAGCAAUGCCAGAGGAUGAUACAGAGGAUGCUGCUGCUCCAAACAAGAAGAAGAAGAAGGGCCUGGGCAGCUUCUUCAAGGUCACUACAGACAAAGCUGCAGGACCUCCUCUGCAAGAGGACCAGGCCAUAGCUAUAGAGCUACUCGUACCUCCAGACAGAAACACUGGAUGCUGAGGAAGACCCAUUGAAGUGGUGGAGGGAAUACCAGAAGGUCUACCCACGGCUUUCUAAUCUGGCAA